UGGGUCACAAAAGGGAGCUGCCUGUGAAUCCAAGAGAGGUCAGAGCAUUUGCCCACUCACCCCAGAGGAUUUCAUCUGCUGCUUCUUCUAUAUCUACCUGGAGGAGUCUGUGGAGAGGAACCCACUGUGCUGCUUCUGGUACUCUGCUAUACACUCCACUCCAAUUUAACAUCUUCACUGACCAGUCAUGAGCCAUUCAUCCUCUUCUUUACCAUCUGAAGAAAACCCAAAGAGUUCGACUUCAAAUAUGACAUGUGAUUGUAACAAUAAAGAUACUGGGGGGAUAGGCUUCCUGCCUGAAGAAAAAAUCACUUUGAUCAAAUCAACCCUGAAUCAGGGGAGACUCGAAAAUACAGUAUCUAUAAUCAAUGAAAUAAUUGAAGAGAUAGAUAAUGCUGUCCUGAACAUUGCACUGACAGGGGAGUCGGGUACAGGAAAGUCCACUUUCAUCAAUGUCUUCCGGGGGGUUGGGCAUGAAGAUGAGGAUGCUGCUAGCACGGGGGUUGUGGAAACCACCACAAACAUUACUUCUUAUGAACACCCAGAAUUUCCCAAUGUAAAGCUAUGGGACCUGCCAGGCAUUGGGACCCCUAAUUUCCAACCAGAGAGUUAUCUAGAACAAGUCAACUUCAGUCGCUAUGAUUUCUUUUUCAUCAUAUCUUCAUCAAGAUUUCGAGUCAAUGAUGUGAAGCUUGGCCAGAAGAUCCGAGACAUGGGGAAGAAGUUUUACUUUGUUAGAACCAAAGUAGAUAUCGAUUUGUAUAAUGAAAGUAGGUCUAAGCCCAAAUCUUUCAAUAAGGAGAAUGUUUUGCAGAAGAUAGAAAAGAACUGCCUACAGCAUCUUCGGGAAGCACAGAUUGAGGCGCCACAAGUCUUUUUAAUUUCCAACUUUGACUUAGGAUCCUAUGAUUUCCCUAAACUGAAGGAUAUUUUGGCAAAAGAGCUUCCAGACCACAAACGCCACGUCUUUUUUCUGUCCCUGCCCAAUAUUUCUGAGGAUAUAAUUGAUCAAAAGAGAGCUCAUAUUCAGUGCAGGAUCUGGCGGGAGGCCUUGAAGACUGGCAUUUGUUCCACUAUCCCUUUCGUGGGCGUCAUUAGAGAAGAUGAUAUUGCCCAAUUAGAGAAGCAUUUGACCAGUUAUCAAAGAAAAUUUGGGGUGGAUGAUGCUUCUCUUCUUAAGAUCUCCAAGUCAUCAAAUAGACCUGUGGAAGAGGUGAAAGCCCUUAUCAAGUCUCCACAUCUGUUGACAAUUAGGAGGGAUGAAAGCAUCAGUGACAAACUGUUGAGAUGUGCUGAGAUAUUCUGCUCAGUGAAUGGAGGUCUACUCGCCACUGGCCUCUACUUCAGAAAGAGUUACUAUACACGCCUGUACUUCCUUGAGACAGUGGCCAAUGAUGCUAAAAUUCUCCUCAGAAAAUUUGGCAUCAUGGAGGGAUUGGGUUCUGCCUUCAGUGGUGGCAAUCUCCAGAGCUUAGCCUCCACCUUUAUGCCAUACUAUAGAAUGGUAACCAGUACACAUGGUAGCCUCUUGCCUGAAGAAACUAUUGCCUGGAUCCAGAAAACCUUGCAGGAGGGCAAACUAGGAGAGGUGGCUUCUAGGAUCCAAGAGACACUGGAAGCAUCAGAAAAUGCCCCCUUGAGUAUUGCUGUAACAGGAGAGUCUGGGUCUGGGAAGUCCACUUUCAUCAAUGCCCUUCGAGGAAUUGGGCAUGAAGAAAAGGACUCUGCGGACACUGGGGUUGUAGAGACCACCAGGAAGGCUAUUCCCUAUGAGCACCCUAAAUAUCCUCAUGUGAAGCUAUGGGACUUGCCAGGCAUUGGGACCCCUGAUUUCCAUCCUGACACUUAUCUGAAUCAAGUGCAGUUCGACCAGUAUGAUUUCUUCAUCAUCGUUUCAGCUACAAGAUUCACGACCAAUGAUGUGAAGCUGGUCCAGGAGAUAAGAGAGAGGAAAAAGAAGUUCUACUUUGUUAGAACCAAGGUAGACACAGAUUUGGAUAAUGAAAGGAAGUCCAAACCCACAUCUUUCUCUAAGGAGAGAAUUCUGCGGUUAAUAAGAGAGCACUGUCUGCAAAACCUCUACAGUGAAGGUGUGAGUGAGGCACAGGUCUUCUUAGUCUCUAACUUUGAUUUGACUGAUUAUGACUUCCCCAAACUGGAGGAAACCCUGUUAAAGGAUCUCCCAGCUUUUAAACGCCACUCCUUUUUGCUGGCCCUCCCUGACGUUUCAGAGGCUGCAAUUGAGAGGAAGAAGGCUGCCCUACAAGAAAGGAUCUGGCUGGAGGCAUUGAAGACUGGCACUUGGGCCACUAUUCCAUUAGCAGGCUUCCUUCUGAAUGACUUAGAUACACUGGAUAAAUGUCUGAAACAUUAUCGAAAUGUUUUUGGGGUGGAUGAUGCAUCUCUUCUCCAGGUGGCACAAAAGUUGGGAAGACCUGUGGAAGAGAUCAAGGCCCCCAUCGAGUCUCUGGAUUUGAUUGCACUUAUUAAGGAGAAGAAUGCCAUGGAGAAGCUCCUAAAAUUGGCUGAGGGCUUCUGCUCUGGGAGUGGAGGCCUCAUGGGUGCUGGCUUCCAUUUUGGAAAGACCUACAGGAUACACUCAUAUUUUCUUCAUAUCGUGGCUGAUGAUGCCAAACUCAUCUUGAGGAAGAUUUUAGGCAGCCCUUUUUGAGUAAAAUGAUGGUGGGAUGGACCGCCAGACUUGAGCAAAUAGCAGGGGUAACUAUGAGACCUGUGUUGAUGAACACUUGCUUCUAGUCUCACAUGCUCUCUACUCCCAUCGCCCUGAGGUAUUUGUGCUGAAUCAAGACCCUUGCCUCUGAAAUUGAAUCAGUAAUGACAAUUGCAACCCCUCUUCAUAAUUGCUUCAACUCUUCAAGGAUCUGUGAUUUUUCUCAGUGUGAGAAUACCCAUCAGAUAUAGGUUGUACUCCCUUUUGUGUCUUAAUAGGUGUCUUUCAUGGAUUCCUCUCACUGAAAAAGUUCAUUACCUUGACACUGACUUCCUGGUCAUGAGAAUCUCACAAGCAAGAAAGACUGGUCCUCAAGGAUUUGAAAGCUUUGGACUUUGGUAGGACUUUGUAGAAUUUGUGCCCUGCUUAUGUAGGCUUCAAGAAUUCAAGGUCACCUCUACACGACUGGUAGACAUCAUAUCAAGGCUUUUGUGGAAGCCUUUACUUGAUAUUCCAAUACCCCAGGGGAAGUGUGACGUCAUUGUAGUAGAUACUCCCUCCAUUGAGGCAGAUAAUGACCCAUUUGUUCCUUUCCAACUUGGACAACCCUUAUCCACUCUGAGAAAUGAUUAUUAGUAACUGGGAUCUUGGGGGAGAUCAGAGCUUCCCCCUUCUUCCAAAGCCAUGAAUUUUAGAGGUCCAGCUUCUUCUUGAAAUAAGAUUGCAUUGAAUCUCUUCAUCUUGGUCAUGUAACGAUUGGAAUGACACCACCUGCUAGAGACUUACUGUAGAAGAGUUCCGCCCAUGAAGCAAAGGUC